AGCAGACAUCACAUGUAUCAAGAUGGCUGCUUCUGUGUCAAGGGUUAUGCUUCGAGCUCCUGUUUUAAGGCAUUUAAGUGUGCGUAGUUGUUAUUCCAAUACCCGUGGAAAUUUAAAGUUAGACAAGAAUACUAAAGUAAUUUGUCAAGGUUUUACUGGGAAACAGGGUACUUUUCACAGUCAACAGGCAAUAGAGUAUGGAACUAAAUUGGUUGGUGGUGUUUCACCUAAUAAAGCUGGUUCAAAGCAUCUGGGUCUUCCAGUGUUUAAAUCUGUGAAGGAGGCUGUUGAACAAACUGGGGCUACAGCUACAGUUAUCUAUGUGCCAGCUUCUGGGGCAGCCACUGCCAUCCUGGAGGCCAUUGAGGCAGAAAUUCCAUUGGUAGUUUGCAUAACUGAAGGUAUUCCACAGCAGGAUAUGGUACGAGUGAGGCAUAAGUUGACUGCACAGAAUAAGACCCGUCUUGUGGGCCCCAACUGUCCUGGAAUCAUAAAGCCUAAUGCUUGCAAAAUUGGGAUCAUGCCUGGACACAUCCACCAGACAGGAAAAAUAGGCAUUGUGUCACGUUCUGGUACUUUGACCUAUGAAGCUGUACAUCAAACGACAGUGACUGGUUUAGGUCAGUCUUUGUGCAUUGGUAUUGGUGGAGAUCCUUUCAAUGGAACAAAUUUUAUAGAUUGUUUAGAAAUAUUCCUAAAAGAUCCUGAAACAGAGGGCAUAAUUUUGAUAGGAGAGAUUGGUGGUGUUGAAGAAGAAAAAGCAGCUGAAUAUUUGACGAAACAUAAUACAGGUUCCAAUGCUAAGCCCGUAGUAUCCUUUAUUGCUGGCCUGACUGCCCCUCCUGGUAGAAGAAUGGGUCACGCUGGUGCUAUUAUAUCUGGUGGGAAAGGAGGGGCUCAAGAAAAAAUUGAAGCUCUAACUUCGGCCGGAGUCGUUGUCACAAGAUCGCCUGCUCAAAUGGGCUCCACCAUCUUGCAGUAUGUCAAACCAUAAUUUCUGUGAUGCUAUUCAUAAAGUCCAAUUAGCAAAACACCUGACCCUUCAAAGGAAGCCUAUCCAUCCUUUUGGAUCUCAUGUCUGCAACUUUUCCUGGAAUUUUGUACAUUUUUCUAGCUCUCAUCCUAAAAUUGGCAUUCUCUUCUGACUGAAAAUUAGCUAUCCGUGACUAUCAAAAAUGUUGUUGAUGUUUUUAAUUUGAUAAGUUGUGCUGGAAUAAAUUAUUUAUUUAUCCCAA